CCUCAUUACCUAGCCAAAUAAAUAAAUGUGAAACCAUGAAUGCGGCAGGGCACCGACGACAUAGCGAACCACUGUCCACCAGAUGCCAUCCAGCUACUGUCUACGACUGUACUGGUACUAGCUAGUAGUACUCCUCACGCUUCACCCUUCACUCCCCUCACUCCACCGAGUGACGAGUCUCAGAGUCCACUCGCUCCCGGUACCCUGCUUGUAUCUCCAACCACAACAACACAACAACACACAAAAGAUUCUGCUGUCCUCUUAUAAUACUUUUCCUUGUCUUCUUCCGACAGAAACAGCAACAAUCUAAGCAUGCAUACCAGCAGUUUUAUACCGAUACCUCGUUCCAUCCCUUUUUGUAAGAAGGAGCUGAGUGAUCGCUACCACGCUUUCCGAAGCUCUCAAAACUCUUCAGCUUCCGACGGUGAAUCCCUCUCCCUCCCCCGCAUUUCCAUGGAAGCGGAACCGGCCCAAUUUGACGCCUUUGAUGCCUUCUUCUCACACGACAGCCCCAACGAAGAAGAAGAUUCCAAUAGUGAUGAUAUGACCGCAAGAGGUAUUUCCGAUUCCACCAAAAGAGUCAGCGGGAAUGCCAAUCACACAGACAGCCGUCCAGAAGAAAUCCAUGAUGGUAUGGAUCAGAGCAGCAAAUGUCGUUCUCGUCGUCGAAAAACUGAAAGUGACCGGAAACCCAACCAUUCCAAGUCCCCAAUCCUACGAAAGCCAUCAGGAGGAACAUUAGCCUGUUCGGCUGCUACUCCACAACACUGUGAUCCUGACCAGGCCGAGCAAACUCGAGAACAUGAUAGCCCCAAAGAUGAUGAAGGGUCCAAUAGUGAUGGCAAUGAAAUGGCUGUCAGCCGAUCAAGAAAGUCCACUUCCACCAGACGAGUCAUCAAGAAUGCUCGUCACAUAGACAGCAGUCCGGAAGAAAUCCAUGAUGGUAUGGAUCAGAGCAGCAAACGUCGUUCUCAUCAGAAAACAGAAAGCAACUGGCAGAAAUCCAGGCAUUCCAAGCUACGCAAGCCAUCAGGAGGAACAUUAGACUAUUCGGCUGGUGCUUCACAACAGGGUGCUCCUGAGAAACCAGAGGAGAGUCAAAAAUCCAUGGAUAGCUCCUCAAUGGUGAAUUCAACUGGAUGCCACCAUUCGAGAACUAUGCGUUCCAAGUCUCCAAAACCUCCUGGGGCUGGCAAACAACCUGAGAAACCAGAGGGUACUCGAAAAUCCAUGGAUAGCUCCUCAAUGGUGAAUUCAAGUGGCGGCCGCCAUUCAAGAACUAGUCGUUCCAAAUCUCCAAAACCUGCUGGGGAUGACAAACAACUUGAGAAAGAGGAGACUCGAAAAUCCAUGGAUAGCUCCUCAAUGGUGAAUUCAAGUGGUGGCCGCCAUUCAAGAACUAUGCACUCCAAGUAUCCAAAAAACCCUGGGGAUGACAAACAACUUGGGAAAGAGGAGACUCGAAAAUCCAUGGAUAGCUCCUCAAUGGUGAAUUCAAGUGGUGGCCGCCAUUCAAGAACUAUGCGCUCCAAGUAUCCAAAAAACCCUGGGGAUGACAAACAACCUGAGAAACCAGAGGAGAGUCAAAAAUCCAUGGAUAGCUCCUCUAUGGUGAAUUCAACUGGAGGCCGCCAUUCGAGAACUGUUCGUUCCAAAUCUCCAAAACCUGCUGGGGAAGACAAACAACCUGGGUUUGCUCUAGAGUUGCAUUGGACAAGAAUUUCGGAUACCGACAAUCACGAAAACAACCAUGACUCUGCCAUGGCCAAUUCAACGUGCGGGCGACGUUCUGGAACCAGGCGCUCCGAGUCACCGAACAGACGCCGGACUCGCAGUACUAGCCCUCAUGGCAAAUGUUCUCGUGACUACAGUCUGGAGAGGCGUUCCAUGCCACUGGAAGGACAAGCAGAACCCAAAAGGCUCUCGACAGAUAAACGUCGGAUGCACCGUCAACGAUCAGUGAGUCCCCGAUCGGACGACGACCACGAACACAGGCGUGUAUCGGCCUCAACGUCAAAGAUGAAGUCUCGAAAAUCCAGCAUGGGUGACAAUGCAGGUUGCGUGGACUCUUCGGAACAAGCUGGGUCUUCAAGACGAAGAUUGCACCCGCGCGGAAAGGGGACUGGCGGCCGAUCGCUCAGCCCCCGCCCACGAAUGAGUGAUGCAACACGCAAGCGGGCUUCUGAAGCAAUAAAUCUGGUGACCCCCAUGCCUGAAAUGCAUAGGUCUUUGAGUUUUGCCGCUGAGUAUAAGCAUUCGACGACACGGACACGGACGCGGUCACCAAAGCCUAGUGCAGGUGAUGCGGAUUCGGAGCCCAAGAAACACAGCGAGGAUCAAACUGAUGCCCCGCAAAACACAAGGCCAUCCUUGAAAAAGGCGACGAGUGCACGGGAGGCGCACGCACUUAAAAGUAGGCGCUGCACGAAAUGCAGCGAACCGCGUCGAGACAACGAUCCAAAACAGAUGUUACCUUCACGUCCCAAGGCCGGCAUGCAUAGAGGCGUUAGCGCAGGUGCUGCAAACUUGGACUCCAGAGAACAUCGGGAGCAUCCGGACAGGGCUGAUAGCGAUCCAAAGAUGACGUUGCCUUCGCGUCCUAAGGCCGGCAUACACAGAGGCGUUAGUGCAGGUGCUGCAAACUUGGAAUCAAGAGAACAUCGGGAGCAUCUGGAUGGCAGCUCUGCAAGACCUUCUUUGAAGAAUCACAAGCACCAUGAAAGAUCGCGAAGGCACAAAGGCCUUCACGGUGAUGACAUUCUCAAGUGUCAAAUGGAACGGUGGGUGUCAACGCAAGGAGGUCUGCGUGACGACGAAAGUGUGAUCGAUGAAGUAGAUGAGAGCGAGCCAGAACGCAUGGACGAAUGCAGUUGCGGGAACCAUGACCACGAUAUCGUUGCCAUCCAAAAGUCUCGAUUUUCAAUGACGCCCAAGUUGGUCACUGAUACAGUGGUGACCGUACUAGCAGCAUCCGGCGCCACAGCAACUACCGCACUACUUGCAUCUGGCGCCACAGCGACGGUGAACAUGUGUUCAUCGGGUGCUACAGCGACGGUAAGCACGGUUGCAUCAGGCGCGACCGCACUUGCGUCAGGAGCCACAGCGACGGUGAGCACGGUUGCUUCAGGUGCUACAGCCACCGUGAGCACGGUUGCAUCAGGUGCCAAUGCGCUCGCUUCAGGUGCCAAUGCGCUCGCUGCAGGCGCUACUGCUACGGUGAACACAGUGGCAUCAGGAGCCACGGCAACUGCCAAUACGGCUGCUAACGUUUUGUCUGGGGCUGCAGCAGCGCUGAAGAUGGUGCCGACAUCUUCCCGCAAAGAAGAUGCAGAAGCAUUGCUUUGUAUCGACAACGCUUCCCAAUGCGGUUUCGACCCUCGAGCGUCGUCACUUGGUGGGCAAAGGGGCAGCUAA